AUGUCGUGUGAAAUUGUUGUUGUUCAUCCCAAAGAACCGCAGUACUCACAGCUCGUUAGAGUCACUCUCUUCAUUUUUCGCUAUGUACUUAGAAAGAUCUUCAUCAAAUUUACACGAAGUGGCUUUCUUCAUCAUUUACAAAUAGCGGUCCGUUAUUUUUUCCUGACAACUACAGCUUGCUCGUAUUUCUAUUUUUCCCACCGUUCUAUUGAACAACUGUCCACAGAAGUAGUCUUAGAAACUUCAUUAACUUCUGCUGCAAUUGAGCUUCAACGGUCAGCAGCCUUCACAGGCUUGUUGGCUCCGGAAUGCUUUUUGCUCUGGAAAUAUGAUGACGUUAAUGAGUUGACAUUCUUUCAGCUUCAGAACAGCACUGUAUAAACGUAAAAAUUUCUACUAGUCUUUUCUAGAGAAAAUUUCUUGAUGAAUAGCAAUCUUACUAGGCACUGCUCAGGUUUUUUGCCUUUAGCUACUCGAGCGAGUAUAUGGAAAUGAUCUUGCUAUAAUAAAUUUUUUACUGGCCGGCUGAUUUCGACCACAGUGGCGGAAUAAGUAAUAAGUUGCCCUGCUAGCGGUAGGGCCCUCCACUACGGAGUAAAAAAUAAAACCGGAACAAAAAGUAGAAGAUGAACUGCGUAGCAAGUUGUUUAGCAAGUCGUAGUUUUAAUACACACGAUCGUCAUCGUCCACAACUCGAAUAUGUUUUUGUGAAAGAGAACAAACUUUCGCGAAGUAGAUCAGAAGUUGUGGAUUUGAAAACAGCAUGAUUAUCCUGAAUGAAACCGCUGCUACGUGGGCGACGAUGUGUUGAGACCCCAGAUGGUCUUCAAGUGCUCGCCCGGGCGAGCGGAAAAAAAUUUUUUCCUUGGACGAAGAUCUCGAAUUCUGCAGCACCUAG